CCAAAAUUCAAAUCCCCCCAACAAAGUGAAAGGAAAUCGAAAGAAAUAUGAUCAAGAUUCUUGGCUUUGAUUAAUGUUGGACAUUGAUACUAAAAUACUGGGGGACUGAGGGACUGACGAUCAACAGGACAUUUUUCUAAUAUGAAGACUCUGGACCGAGUGCAGGACACCUUAGACUGACGUUUGACCAGGAUGAGACAGAGUCCCAGGAGGCCGCUAAUUCUCAAGAGGAGGAAGCUUCCCUUUCCCGAAAGCGAGACGGAGGCUGCCCGUGAUGUGCCCGACGGUGCCCGGCGCCAGGCCGCGCCACCCGCUCCCGGGGAACGGGGUCUCCCCGACGCGCUCCGCAUCGUGGACCACCCGUCCAUGCCCGACACGCAGGUGGUGGUGGUCCCGCAGAGCGCGGACCUCCAGAGUGUCAUCGACAGCCUCUCCGCCAGGGGCAAGGAGCGCGGUCCCCAGGGGCCCAGCAAGUUCAUCCUGCUGAGCGGCGGGAGCGGAAGCCCGGAGGACUGGCCCGGCUCUCUCGGCCUGUCCUCCUGGGGAGAGGACGGCGACGCAAGGGCUUUCGGGAACCCGCUCACCCUCAACCCAAAGCCAGAGUCGGGGCACAGAACGGACCGCCCCGUGGAAGCCAAGCCCCUGAGCUCAGCGACAUUUCCGAGCAAGGAGCAGGACAGCAGCCCGCUGAAUGACAGCCUGACCAACAUCCAGUGGCUGGGGGGGAUGUGCUCGGACGGCCUGGGGUCGGGCGCCGGGGGGAGAGCUUCCGAAAAGGAGAACCAGGAGCCCUGCGCCCAGCGUCUGCAGCUCUCCCAGCACCUGGACGGGGCACAGAGGCCUCCGUACUCCUACAUGGCCAUGAUCCAGUUCGCCAUCAACAGCAAGCCGGACAGGCGGAUGACCCUGAAGGAGAUCUACACGUGGAUCGAGGACCACUUCCCCUACUUCAGAAACGUGGCCAAGCCAGGGUGGAAAAACUCCAUCCGCCACAACCUGUCCCUGCACGACAUGUUCACCCGGGAGACGUCCCCGGACGGGAAGAUCUCCUUCUGGACCAUCCGUCCCGAGGCCAACCGCUGCCUGACCCUGGAUCAGGUCUACAAGCAGGUGCUGGAUCCAAGUACCCCCCAUUCCACACAGGUCUGUGAGCAACAACAACUAAAGCCAGCUGUUCCCCAAAUCAAGAAAGUGGCCAUUCCAAUCAGCUCGGAGAGGAAGAUGAAGCCCCUUCUUUCUCGUCCCGAGUCCUACCUGGUGCCCAUACAGCUCUCCCUCAGCCCCUCUCUCUUCCUGCCCUCGGUGCAGCUCCCCCUAGCUGCGCCCCCGCAGAACUGCAGCUCGUUGGCGGCCGAGUUCCAGGGAGGGGGAAAAAGGGUCCGCAUCGCCCCCAAGUGUGCCCCGCCCCCUGUGGAGGAAUUUAAGGAGGACCCCUUGUGCGUCUCCCUGACCCUCGGGGCCCCGGCGGCCCCAAACCACCCCGCCCAAAGAGUGGCCAGAGGCUCCCGCCGAAAGCAGUACCUGGCCCCGCCCCCCAGGGAGGAGCCCGUGCUGCUCUUCCCCGACAGCACCUUCUUCGACUCGGGCCUGACCUCCGACCUCUCCGCCUCUCAGGACACGGGGCUGGACAGCCCGGGGAGGGCGUGCGCCUUCAAGACGCCAAUCAAAGGCAGCCGCCCCGCCUCCUCCACCCCCAGCAAGCCAAUCGGGAGCGAGAACGCUGCCGCCUCCUCCUCCUCCUCCCUGCCCUCGCCCUGGAGGACCAGCCCUCGGGUCACGGACGCCCGCGACGUGCUGGACUUCAGCCCCAUCCGAGGACCCCUGGGGCCCAGCCUGACCCCGCAGAACCAAAACCGCACCCCCCCCUUCGGCUUCGGCUUCGACUCCACCCCCUUCAGGGAGCCGCCCCUUUUCAGCUCCCCCCGCGAACUCCUCACCUCGUCCGUGCGGCGGUCCCCCCCGCCAGCUGGGGGCACUGUCCCGGCCAACUGCUCCCUGACCGAGGGCCUGGUCCUGGACACCAUGAACGACAGCCUGAGCAAGAUCCUGGUGGACAUCAGCUUCUCGGGCCUGGAGGACGAGGAGCUGGACGUCUGCAACCUCAGCUGGUCACACCUCAUCCCAUAGCUCAAGUGACCCCGCCCCGCCCCGCCCCGCCCGCGCCGGGCCGGGCUCCUCACCAAGCUGCUGACUCCUGCGCUCGUUUCGCGCUAGUUCAUGUGACGUGCGCGUCUCUGUUGUGCUGUUUCUGCAUGCGCACGUGCGCGAUUCGUCUGCACUUUCCGUCCUGUCGUUUUCUACCUUUACCCUUUUGUGACUGACCACCUCUUCUCUUCACUUGCUGUUUAUGUCUAUUGUGUGUGCAUGUGCGUGCGCAUGUGUGUGAGUGUGCGUGUGUGCAUGCAUGUGUGUGUGCGCGUGUGGUGUGUGGGCAUGUGUGUGUGUGUGCGUGUGUGUGGUGUGCGUGCGUGUGCACAUGUGUGGUGUGAGUGUGUGCGAGUUCACACCAGGUGGCAUGUUUUGUGUUGUGGAGGGCCAACUGCACGGCUGUUGACCCGAAGGAAGUAGGAACAAGCUCAGAUAAGCUAGUCUUUUCUUUUGCAGUGAUUUCAGAAGAUAACUAUAUUUUAAUUUGCACAUUCUAUAUAUUUGCAUUAUUGUUUCAGAUAUAAAUUGAGGAAAAAACUGUAUUUUCUUAGUAAGACACUAGCGUAUUAAGGAUUUGAAUCUGCCACCUUUGUUAAAAGUUAUACGUCUGCUGUUUAUGCGAUCUGGAGACUUAUAGCACAAUGUAAUCUUAUAACACCAGAACGAAGGGAUCAAUAAAGCAAGUUUCACCUUUUA